AUGAGGGUCCACUUAUAUCUUUUCAUCGUAAUGAUUCAUUUCAGUACAGGCUGUAUUGUUUCAGAUGUGCAGCAGACAAUAAUAAUAACAGGAUACACGGGUGGUUCAGUUGUGCUGCCCUGCUCCUGUGCUGACCCUCAGUCUACAGUCACAACAUUCACCUGGGAGUCUCACCGGGGAAAUCAAUGGAUUCAAGUAUUUCAAGAUGAGAAAUACAUCGGCAGACAUGAGCUGUUUAAUGAACAUUCUCCAAAAAAUCUUUCUCUCCUCAUUGCUGACCUCAGAAUGAAUGACCAGGGCUACUAUAAAUGUCUGACUAAAUCAAAUAGUAUUAUUACACAUGUUCACUUAACUGUUAAAGGGUGUGAUUUGGUUGAGGAUGGAAAGGUAUUUGAAGUGACUGGAUACUCAGGAGAGUCUGUGGUUCUGCCCUGUUCCUGCACUGAACUACUGGCUAAACCUGAACUGAUACAAUGGAAUUAUUUAACUGAAAAAAAUUAUAAAGUAAUCUACCCAAACGAACAGACUGAGAAUUACAAGAACAGAGUCAAACUGUUAAAUCCAAACACUCCAGGAGAUCUUUCUCUACACAUAUCAGCACUGAGGACAGAGGACCGAGGGGAAUAUCAGUGUUUAGUCUCGUCUCAGCAAGCAGUCAGCUUCGGACUUACUGUACUACAACCUGAAGAAAAACCUCAUGUCAACACAAUCACUUUAACCACAAAUCAAGCUUCACACCAAACACAAGACUCUACAGUUUCACAACUUAAUCCAAAUCAACAACAUAUAACUCACAUUGUCUUCAUUGUCAGAAUGUUUUUCUCAGUGCUUCUACUGGCAUUACUGGUAUUUAUAUUAUGGAGAUGCAGAGGUAAAUGAACACACUUUCUCCAGGACGACGUGAUGUAUUCUGCUGUAGUUCAUGUUAAAACAGCAU